CUAGGACCGCCUUCCAUCCCCCACAGGGGUGGAGCCUGGUCGAGGUGGAAACGGCCUGCAGCUCUAUCUCUGUGGUUGAAGAGCCGGUAGAGAAAAUGGAGCCCAGCAAGAUGGCGCCUCUCAAGAACGCUCCGAGGGAUGCCUUGGUGAUGGCACAGAUCCUGAAGGAUAUGGGAAUCACAGAUUAUGAGCCAAGGGUUAUAAAUCAAAUGUUGGAAUUUGCCUUCCGAUAUGUGACUACAAUUCUGGACGAUGCAAAAAUUUAUUCAAGUCAUGCUAAGAAACCUACUGUGGAUGCAGAUGAUGUGAGACUGGCCAUCCAGUGUCGGGCUGACCAGUCCUUUACCUCUCCUCCUCCAAGAGAUUUUUUACUGGAUAUUGCAAGGCAGAAGAAUCAAACCCCUCUGCCGCUGAUUAAACCAUAUGCAGGACCUAGAUUGCCACCUGAUAGAUACUGCUUAACAGCUCCAAACUAUAGGCUGAAGUCUUUAGUUAAAAAGGGACCUAACCAAGGAAGACUAGUUCCUAGAUUAAGUGUUGGUGCGGUCAGUAGCAGACCUACUACUCCUACUGUAGCACCCCCACAAGCAGUAUCUGUCCCAAACAAGGUUGCAACUCCAGUGUCCGUGACAAGCCAAAGAUUUGCCGUGCAGAUUCCAACUUCUCAGUCCACGUCUGCCAAAUCAGCUCCUGCAUCGACUUCAGUCCAAAAUGUUCUGAUUAAUCCUUCAAUGAUUGGGUCCAAAAAUAUUCUCAUUACCACCAACAUGGUUUCCUCACAGAGCACAGCCACCGACUCAAACCCACUGAAGAGGAAACAUGAUGAUGAUGAUGAUGACGACGACGAUGAUGAUGACAAUGACACUAUGUAAGAAAUAAAGUCUGUUCUGUAUACAUUAAAAUGUUCCUGUGUUUGGGCCCAUGUGGUGGACUCAACAGCUUAGAUCUUAUAAGUUUUAUCUUAGAAAUGUAGUAGGAAUAUUUUUCACAUUAGUUACAUCGGGUAGGCUUUGUUACAAUGAAUAUGUUUUCUCAGUAGGCUUCAGGUAUACAAGCACUUGCUUCUAGACAGCUUCAUUAAUGUCGGGUCUUACCAUGGCAACUCUAUUUUUAGAAGCAGUUUCUGCUAUGUGUCACUGACAGCGGCACUUGGAUUUCAGUUCCUGGUCUCCUCUAUAUUAAAACAGGACUUUCUUUUGAUCGUGAACUAUUCACACUGUCACUUUUUUGACCAAAUCUCUCAGUUUGGGAAAUUUUUUUGUGAAACGGUGGAUUUAGAAGUGUGCUAAAUCCAUUUUGAAUGUAUUUGGACUUUGGUCAUUUCUAAUUCCCUAUCUGGAUCCCAUUUGUUUUCUGUUCCCACCUCUCAUCGCCUUAAGUCAUUUGCCAUUGCACUUAAAUUUAAUAGACUGUGACUGGAAUUUGUAAUAUGCCCUAGAUGCCUGGCUUUCUGCAGUCCCCUUGAACCUGAGUGUCGGCAUUUACUCUUCUUCACUUGGUAACAGAGCAUUUGGGUGUCAGCUCUUGCCUUUAACUCCUGUUACGCUCUUCUCAAUGACAGGCAGUUCUGCAUUGGUUACAUGCAGUUACCAUGCAUUCCAAAUUGCUAGCUUCACGGUCUUUCAUGUUUUUAAUUUAAGAUAUAACUUUUAACCUGCCUUGAUAAGUAACUUACACUGGACCCAGACAAAACCACUUAAGAGCUUUGUUUUUACCACCUGCAUUCAUUGAUUUCAUUCAGAUCACCUUUCUAGCUUGCUGCUAAGGGUGUCAUACCUAAGACCAAGCCUGAGGUAGAUUUUAAUGACUCUCUUUUCCUGUCAAGCCAGGAGGGAAAACAGAUUAGUGUCGUCUGACUCCAAUUAGGUGUGCCCUACAGAAUUUCCCAGCCAUAUUUUUUUUUCUUUUUUUUCAGAGCUGGGGACCGAACCCAGCGCUCCUACCACUGAGCUAAAUCCCCAACCCCCCCAGCCAUGUUUCUAUACACCUUCUCCUACUUUGUUUUUAUACAUACCUACAUGACUCAUUGGAAACAACAGCAAAGCUUUUGUCAGAGUAUAAAAAGUACCAUUUUGAUUGUACAUUGCACAUAGCCAACAUUGGAAAAACUUUCUGAAACCUUCAUGACACUUAGAAUUUAUAGCCAUGGAACAUCAAAACUUACUAAGUAUCAGCAUAGGAUGGUGUUUGACACGUGAAAUAGAUCAGUAACAAGGGAGACAUAUUUUGUGCCAGUUUGAAUUAUCUAGGAAGGUUAGGGAAAGCUGAUCUGAUCAAUAUCAUAAGAGAUGUGCAGUAUACAACACGGUGUCAGGACUUGAAUGUUCUCAGGGAGGCAGAAUAUCAGAAAGCCUAGGUUCUAGUAUUAAGUUUCAUUUACCAACAAUGUGACCUUACUUUACCUCUGAGCCUUGUUCUCACUAGUAGUAGGGAAAUAACAUCUACCCUGCCUACCUCACAGAGACGUUGUGAGGUUUUAGCUGGUGUGUGUGAAAGUUCAAGAUUGUAAAAGCUAUAUAAUUAUUAAUGUAUUUGUUCCAACAAUUAUUAAUAAAAAUUUAACUUUAA